AUGCAUCUCCUGGAUUUGCCGGGGGAUGACGUUAUUUUGAAAAUCAUAGAUUAUCUGUCACCUCAGGACUGGCUAAACUUUCGAUGUGUUAGUAAACAAACCUAUUUCCUAGUCCAUGAAUAUUUCAAAUAUAUGAAAUAUCUUGAUCUUUCUCAUCACAAAGUGUUACCACAAGCCCUAUGUCAGGUUUUACCUCAGCUAUGUCACAGCCUAAAAGUUUUUAAAAUAUCUAAUUCAAAGAUAUUCAAUGAUGAAUGCAUUAAGACCAUCAUACAAAAUAAUCACAAUUUGAAUCACCUGGACUUGUCAAAUAGUAACCUUAAAAAUGGAACUCUCCAGCCACUUGUGGUCAACUGUAAAAAACUAGAGAAAAUUUUGUUGAAGAAUUGUGUUUGGUUAACUGUUGGAGCCAUUGAAAUUUUAGCCUUCCAUUUUCCAGAUACAAUCAAGGUAGCUGACUUUAGUGGCUGCACAGGCAUAAGUGAGGCUUCAAUCAUCCUAUUUGUAAAACGACAGCCAAAAUUGACAUCACUGUCCCUGAGUGAUCUCUCUUGUCUGCAGGAUGAAACAUUAGUUAAGAUUUCUCAGUUUUGCCCACAACUUAUGUAUCUUGACAUAAGUAGAUGUUGCAGAAUCACAGACUCUGGGAUCAAAAAGUUUGCUGAAUAUUGCCACACCGUGCGCACGCUGAAGGUGGAUGGUUGUGAGGUCAGCGAGCGUAGUUUGUCUUGGUUGAGAUCACGUGGUGUUUGGAUUGACAAACCUCAAUAUCCUUCUUACCUGUUGCACCGCCUGAAUCAAAUUCAAACCUGGCCACGGACUCAGCUGUGA